UUGGUCCAAUUCUGCCACUUCAACAUAUACAAACGUCUUCUCUAACAUAUCCUGCCGUUUGUGUAAACUACGGUAGCAUUCCAGCUCACCACAAGUUACAACAAACUAUUUUAAAAUUCAUAACAGUCAAGAAAGUAGAAUAUAUUUAUCAGCGGUAGUACCAUCAUGUGGUAAAGAGGGUUUGCUGAAUGCCUGCGAUAACGGACAACAUCCUGACAUACAACUUCCUCAGAUUAUAAUUUUAGAGGCUGAUUAAUUGCGAGGGAGAAUGACUUUCUAAGCUUGUUUCAAGAGAGUAUGGUUUGAUCCAUUACUGUUAUUACCAAUCAAUCAUUGAUUUCUAUCUCCUACCACACAUGCUCAGAUGACAACAGUCUGUUCGUUAUUCACGCUGAUCUAAUCCAUUGAUAAAUGAAGCAACGAGGAGAAAUAUAUCAUUUUUAUCUUUACAUGGUAUUGUGUACAAUUCAAAUUGCUGUCCAGGCAUUUCCAAUCGGCGAAUAAUUACGAUGAAAUAUUGAUGAGUUCCGUUACAGUCACGGCUACUUUCUUUUGGAAUAUUGAGAUGACCAUUUUUAUCUUCUUUAAAUCGUUUCUUGGAUCAUAUUACAUUAUAAAUUUAUCGUAGUUACAAGUUUUGCUUAUUUCUGAAGCAUUCAACAUGUUUUCAGCAUUGAACGCAGACGCCAUGCUAGGGAUGCAAAAUCACAAACCACCACCGUCACCGUCAUCACGGCGCUCAAAAUCUAAAUGUGACCCUGGUGCAAAAGAAAAAGAGAAGAAAACUACUUGUCCAGUGAACAAUAACCUAGAUAUGAAUAAAGCAUUUGAACAUUGGCUUUACGACAAGAUCAAUACAAAAUCGACAGAUCAACCGCCAAGUCGCAAGAAUAUUCCGUCGGAUGUGACGUUGAAAACUAGAGAGCUAACGGAUUUGUUACAGAAACUUCCUCAGAGCAAUUCCGAAGGUCAUGAACUCCAACGAAUUCUUACCCAUCCACAUUUUAGAGCAUUACUGCAAACACAUGAUGUUGUAGCGCAUGAGGUAUAUAGUAACGACGCAAUCCGAGUAACACCGCCCCCAACUUCACCUUUCUUAAUCAACGGACAGGAUCCAAAUUCACAGCAGCCUCCUAACGGUGAGAUUCAGAACAUGGAGAACGUGACGAGGGUCCGGUUGGUACAGUUUCAGAGGAACACAGAGGAACCAAUGGGUAUUACAUUGAAGAUGAGUGAAGAUAAGAGGUGCCUCGUUGCACGUAUAAUGCACGGUGGAAUGAUUCAUAGACAGGCCACGCUUCACGUCGGGGAUGAGAUACGUGAAAUCAACGGUGUCAGCGUGGCCAAUCAGACAGUCGACCAACUUCAAUGCAUGCUUAGAGAUUUACGUGGUAGUAUAACUUUCAAGAUCGUCCCUAGCUACAGGAGUGCACCGCAGCCGUGUGAGCAACCCAACAAGAUUAAAUAUAAUAAAAAUGAGAUAUAUGUUAAGUCUCAAUUUGAAUAUAACCCAUCGAGCGAUGACCUGAUCCCAUGCCGACAAGCCGGCCUACAAUUCAAAUGUGGGGAAAUCUUGCAAAUUAUUAGUAAAGAUGAUCAUAAUUGGUGGCAAGCCCGUAAAGAGGGCGCUCCACUCAAUGGACCCGCAGGACUUAUCCCAUCACCUGAGCUUCAAGAAUGGAGGGUAGCAUGUCUAGCAAUUGAAAGGGCCAAGAAAGAGCACCAGGCGUCAUGCACGUGGUUCGGCAAAAAGAAGAAACAAUACCGUGACAAGUACCUAGCUAAACAUAAUGCAGUCUUUGAUCAACUAGACCUUGUGACUUAUGAGGAGGUGGUACGCCUUCCAGCUUUUAUGCGUAAAACGCUAGUGCUGUUAGGAGCACAUGGUGUGGGUAGACGACACAUCAAAAACACGCUCAUCACAAGCCAUCCAGACAAAUACGCUUACCCUAUCCCACAUACAACACGACCAAUUAAGGUGGAGGAAGUGGACGGGAAGAAUUAUCAUUUUGUCACUCAAGACGAGAUGAUGAAAGACAUCGCAAACAAUGAGUACUUAGAGUACGGAACCCACGAGGACGCUAUGUAUGGCACCAAAUUGGAAACAAUCCGAGAUAUUCAUCGCAACGGACACAUGGCUAUCUUAGACGUAGAACCACAGGCUCUGAAAAUACUUCGAUGUGCUGAAUUUGCACCAUUUGUUGUGUUCAUUGCGGCUCCAACUAUUUCUAAUCUUAAUGGAGAGGGUGACAGUAGUUUAGAAAAACUUGCAAAAGAAUCCGACCUUCUCAAACAAGCCUACGGCCAUUACUUCGACCUGACAAUCAUCAACAAUGACAUUGACGAAACCAUCCGAAUAUUGGAAUCUGCUAUUGAAGAGAUAUGCACCACACCGCAAUGGGUGCCAGUAAGCUGGGUAUAUUAAACAUAGAGGGCGCUGUUUUUAAUUUGUCAUGGUGCAGGUCAAUCAGGUUGAGAAGUUAUUCUUCGUUUUCUUUGGAAUGGUGCCAACCAAAAUUAGUUUUUUCGUCCAAAAAAUAAUUCACUGUUAUUUGUUUAUUUUAACCAAUGUGUCUAAUACAAGUACACUAUAUUGAAACAAAAAUCAAAUUUAUAUCUGUUAAUUGAUAUGCGAUGAUUAAUAAAAAAUAUUCAAAGCUUAAAAUUAUUGAUUACAUAAAGAAUUUCACCAUUGAUAUUGCUGUUGUUGGCAGCUAUCACCGGCCUAGAUCUAAUACAGGUAGUUGGUGGUACCGUGGCGGUAUUAUAAGAGUACCAUGGUGGUACCAUCCAAGUGGUACAAGAUCUGGUAGUACCAGUUAUGUUAAACAUGGAAAGUGAAUUGUACAUUUGACGUAGGAUUUGCAUACAAUUUUUUUCAGUAAAAUAUGGUUUGUCCUAAGUUACUGAAAAAAUAAAACUACAUGAAAGUAAGGGAAGAGAAUAUGGAAGAUUUUUUUAUGAGGUGUGGAUUAGUUGUUGAGGAUUUAUGUGACUGUAUAAUAUGUGGAAAAUGCAUGUGCAUUAUGGGUAAACCAAGUGUAUUGUGGGAAGAGAAAGGUAUUCAGGUCCAGAGUAAAAUAUGUGUAGUCAUCAUUUCUAACUCAAUAUUUUUUAUAUGUAAGAAAUUACCUGAAAAAAAAAUGUAUAAUAAUGGUAGCUUCCAAUUACGUCAUUUAGGGAAUUUCCCUUUUCGAUUUGAAGAAAAUGUAUAGAAACUUAAGGAGUCUGUUUAAACUUUAUUGUAGACUUCACAAUUAUUUUUUUUUUAUUAUGCGUGUGUAUGAGUGUGUGAAAAUUAGCUGGAAACAAACAAAAGAAUUGAUUUUAGAGUAAAAUAUAAUUUAUUUUUAAUAAAAAAUUAUGGUUAAUAUGUUUCACUAGUAAUAAUAGCCAUUGAUUAUGGAUAUAGUAUUCUAUGUUACAUUUAGUUUUCACAUCACUUUUCACUUUUAUGUAAAAAGGGAAUUUUUCAUUCUGUUUUUAAUUGAAUUUAAGAUUAUUAUCAUGUCUUUUGAAACUUGUUGCAUGGAAUUAUGUUUAUUUGCCAACACACAUACCACAACUAAUGAACUCACCUGUUGGGAAAUACUGGGCUAAUGAUGAUGGAGCAUUUUUUAAUAUAAAAAAAACUGAAGAAAUUAUGGUUGAUUUUAAUUUUAUAUCAUGAUUGGCUGACUGAACUCAGUCAUGUAAUUUGAUAGGCUCAUUCAAAUAUAUUCAUUGCAGUGAUGGCUCAUAACCUGUUCAAAGUUUAAUCAUGUACUUUAGUUCAUUAAAUUAUAUCAUGUUUUGAUUGGUUCAUUUAAAAAAAAUUUUAUGAUGUAUUUUGGUUGGCUCUCAAAAUGUAUAAUAUGUUUUGAUUGGCUCAUUCAAAAUUUCAUAAAUAUUGAUUUGUUUCUCCACAAUUUUAAUGACAUAUUUUGUAUGAGGCAUUCAAAUAAUUGAUUAUGGAAAACAUAUUCAAAAUGUUAUUGAUUGAAUAUUGAUUAGUUUAUUCUCAAUUUUUAAUAUAUUUUGUUUGAGGAAUUCAAAUAAUGAUACAUUUUUAUUGGCUCAUUCAAAUUGUUAUAAAUAUUGAUUUUCUCAUUCACAAAUUAUAAUAUAUUCAAAGUAUAUGCUUUUUAUGAUAGGUUCAAUCAAUUUUUUUUCCCUGAAAUAACUUAAUGAGUAGUUUAAGGAUUGUCAAAUUCGCUGACAGCCCCUUAGCAGUUUUUAAGGUUUGUUUGUGUUGCUAAAUACUCAACAAAUCGAAUGCUUUUGUAUACUGAGAACAAAAACCAUAAUGAUGUACAAGAUUUAAAAUGAUAAAAGACUAUGCUAAUAACAAAUUAUUACAUUUAGAAAGUGACAAUGAUGUUAAAGUGCAGAUAAUUUAUCAGAUUACCAACUGUUUAUUGGCAUGAUAAUUCAUCCGUGUCAAACAGGGGUUGAUAUUAGAAUGAUGAUAUCAAAUGUUUCUUUAUUCAAGCAUGUAAAACGGCAGACACAAAAGUUUUCAAAUUUAAUUUAAUCUCACACGAAGAUAUGGCAUUAAUAAGAAUUUCUUGCAUAGAGUAAAUAAGUUUAUUGUGAUUGAUGAUGUCAUCAAUCCGUGUUUCUAGGGUGAUUGUUGCCACAGAUUCCCACGAAGGAUUUAAGAUUUGUAUAAAAUGGUAAUAAUGAUAUAAUAUAUGUACGUAUGUCUAUGCAAGUGUAAUUCGUUAGCUUGAUUUAGCGAACUUUAUCCAUAAAUAUUGAUUAGAUUAAGAUUUAUUAUAAUUCUUUAUUAGCUGAGAACUUUUUAAUUGCAUGCAUCAGUGACCACGCUGAUUUAACGUGUCACUACGCGUGGAGUUAUCUUUGAUCCAAUUUGUUUACGGAGUACCACCAAUUUUAGUCUGGAGUUGGGUUUUUAUGAAUUAAAAAAAAAUGUAAAUCCACAAAAAGAGGAGAAUUGUAUUAGAGACUUCUAUUAAAUGACUGCAUUCAAUAUUAUUAUGUUAAUUCAUUUUUUCCUUUUUAUCUGGCCCAAUUUUUAUUUUCAGUCUUGCAUUCACUCAACAUGUUCAACCUAUUAAAAUGAAGCUUGCACUGUCAGUCUAAUGCUCAUUCGUAAUAUCUUAAGAGGCUGCAGUGUAAUAAAAUCAACGGAAAUCGUUGUCUGUGAUGGCGUGAUGUCUAGGCCUUUUCAUGUGUAGUGGCUAUGUAAACACCAGCUCGUAAAGUAACCAAUCAUUUCUUUUGGGAACACUCCUUUAAAAAAGCAUUUUUACAGUUUUAAAGUGCUGCCAUUUUGAAGCAUUUAGAGGUGUUUACAGCAUUUCGGAACAUUUGACCCCUGGAAAUCUCUGGCGCCAACACUGAGCAUAUUACAAAAUAUCUUCAAACUGAGCAACAGUAUUAUUAACUUGAGCUGCAAAUGUUGCUAAACCAUAUGCCAAGGCAGUGAUGGAAACUUGAGUGACAGAAUGUCACUUUUGUUUACAUAUAACAAGCAGACACAUCUGUAAAAUUUGAAUGUCACACAUCACUGCCAAGUAAUCUCCGUACAGUAUUGGUUAAUAGGUUCUUCUUACUGUUAUCAUUUGUCGACAGAUUUUGUGAUUAGUGUUGCGUUUUUGUGUGUACAGCUUUUUGGCAAUUCGUGGUACCACGACAAAAAAAGCAAUAAAUACAAUGUACGGUAACCAUUCACUUGUAUUUUAUGAAGUAAAUUCUUUCUUCUUUUAGGUAGAUUUCUUCCAGGUAUCCUAUAAGCUUACCCAUACCUCAUUGCCCUAAGUAUGCGUUCACACUGUUAAUUGUAAUAUAUUAUAAGGUCUGUUCAGACGAUGAACUUUCAUUUUUUGUGAAUGCUGUAAAGAAUGUAUGUUGACAAGAUUGUGAACAGAUUGUAUGAAAUUAAUAUAAGAAAUAAACCUUAUUAUUAAUAAAAUAAAAAUGAACUAUGAAACUGAAAAAAA